AAUCUGAACCUCUUUAUAUAUCUCAACUCCUCACAAAACCUUAAACGCGUAUACUUUUACAAACAUUCUUUCUUUCUUCUUCUUCCCUUACAUUCAACGAGGCGAUUUUUCCAUUCCUCUUGCUAUGAUUCUUUCUAAAAAACACAUCUUUAUGCUAUUUGUGUCAAUUCCUUUGCUUCUAAUUCCAGCAAGCGCUAUUAGAGGUUUUCUUGAAAAGCCUAAGGCAAAUUUUGAUGGGUAUUUGAGAUACGUUGAAUCUCCAGAGUAUAGAAAUAGCGAAGAAUGUCCAAUUUUAGAAUCAGAUUUAUCAGUUUGUGACCCAAAUUUGAUACAUAUAGCUAUGACUCUUGAUUCACAUUAUUUUAGAGGUUCAAUAGCAGCAGUGCAUUCUGUUCUAAAGCAUGCCUCUUGCCCAGAAAAUAUUUAUUUCCAUUUCGUAACAUCCAAGAAUUCAGAUUUUCAACAGUUGACUCAAACAGUUAACUCAAUAUUUCCAUCUCUGAGCUUCAAAGUUUACAGCUUUGAUGAAAACCGCGUCAAGAAUUUGAUAUCAUCUUCAAUUCGUCAAGCUCUUGAUAAUCCAUUGAAUUAUGCUAGAACUUAUUUAGCUGAGAUCAUUGAUCCCUGUGUUGAAAGGGUAAUUUAUCUUGAUUCUGAUGUGAUUUUAGUUGAUGAUAUUCACAAAUUAUGGUCCAUAUCAUUAACUGGUUCAAGAAUUAUUGGAGCUCCAGAAUAUUGUCAUGCUAAUUUCAGAACAUAUUUCAAUGACAAUUUUUGGUCUGACACAAAACUCUCAAAGGUAUUUCAAGGAAAAAGGCCAUGUUAUUUUAAUACAGGGGUAAUGGUAAUGGAUUUAGGAAAAUGGAGAAAAGGAGAUUAUACUGAAAAGAUUGAGAAUUGGAUGGAGAUACAAAAGGAGAAGAGGAUAUAUGAAUUGGGAUCUUUGCCACCAUUUAUGUUAGUAUUUGGAGGAGAAAUUGAAGGAAUUGAUCAUAAAUGGAAUCAACAUGGAUUAGGUGGAGAUAAUUUGGUGAAUAGUUGUAGAACAUUGCAUCCAGGUCCAGUUAGUUUAUUGCAUUGGAGUGGUAAAGGUAAACCUUGGGUUAGGCUUGAUCAAGAAAAUCCUUGUCCUGUUGAUUUUUUAUGGGCACCUUAUGAUUUGUAUAGACCGAGCCUUCAUGAUUCUUUUGACCAACACUAGCGGAGAUUGUGAUGUGACAGUGUAAAAAUUCUUUUACGCUUUUAGCGUAUACGAGUUAUUUUUUUCUUUUUUUGUAUUGUGAUAAUUCUUUGAUUCUUUUUCCUCAUUGGGAAGAAGUGAGACCCGGAGUCUGUAGUAUUAGGUACAGGGGACGAUUUUGUUAGGGUCCCUUAUGGGUGAUUUUUUGUGUGUAUAAGAAGAGCAAACGAUUGUAUAAAGCGAUUAUUCCUCCAUUAUUUUUGUAGUAAUCAGAGUAGUCUUUUGAUAUUUU